AUGAUCAAUCAUGACAAUAGUUCAUCCACCACAGCAACAGCGCCGCCAUGGAAACCAAAACCAGCAGCGCCACCCACCACUGAAACCAGUUUAUUACACCCAUUCACUGCCCAAUGGAUCCAACUUAUGGAACAAUUUUACAACGCGUUAGGAGGGCAUGAUCAUUCAUCUUACAAACAAAACCAUUGUCCUAUUCAACUACCUGAGUUCAAGUGUGAAACAUUCUAUUGGGAUGAUGGACGCCAUGAAUCAAGGGAUGCUAAACAUCUUCGACCCCACGAUAUUAAAACGGUGAUUGCUCUCGGCGAUAGUAUCUCUGCCGGAUUUGGGAUGCUUUCAGAGCGACCCCCAUUUGCAGCUGUUUGGGAAUACCGAGGCAAGGCGUUUUCAUCUGGCAUGGAUCCUGAAGAGUAUACCAUACCCAACUUUUUACGACCUUUUUCCUUGUCAGAAGGUGGACCUGAAGGUGUCACCUUUCCAAUGUCCCGUGGAAAAGAUUUGAACAAUGCGGUGAGCGGAGCCAAGUUUCAAGACCUGCACAGUGAAGUGAGCCGAUUGAUCCAUCUACUGAAUUCGAAUUACCAUUACCGGCAUAUCAAGGAUGAUUGGAAACUCAUCACAUUAUUCAUCGGGGCCAACAAUAUCUGUAUCCUGUGCCAUCCUCCCUUUACUGGUUUGCCCUUGCUCACACAUGCUGAUACUUUUGAGGAAAAUAUGCGACAGGUGCUGACCCGCCUUAAGCAAGAAGUACCCAAAUCGUUUGUAAACGUGGUUGGUCUAUUCAAUGUAUCCAGCGUAUACGAUGCCAUCCAAGGUGAUUCCUAUUGUGAGUUUAUUUGGGGCACAGCUCACAUGAGCAUAUGCUCUUGUGUACAAGGAGAUGACGCUCAACGUCAAGCCGCGGAUGAGCUGGUGGUCGAGUACAAUGCACGUUUGAAAAAGUUGGCAAACGAUCCUUCCCUUUCAUCACAUGAUUUCCAAGUUGCCUACCAACCAGGAUUUAGGCAUUUUCCAUUCUCAAAUUAUCAACGCAGUUACUUAAGCGGCUUCGACUGCUUUCAUCCCAACAAGUGCGCGCAUGAGGUGAUGGCAUUGGUAUUAUGGAAUAACAUGUUUUCAUCUGAAGAGGAGAAGGAUAUCCCAUACGACUUGAAAGCCCUUGAGAUCAAAUGCCCUGGCCCCGAUAGACCCUACCUACAGUAA